AUGGAUCAAGAGGCUUUGACAAACAAUCAGGAAAAUAGGCCAGUGAUUUUUGAUACAGCAACUGAUGAUGAAGAUACAAAUUCAACACAGUCAACGUCAGCUAUUGAUGCUGCCGUGGCUGGAACAGCGGCAUCGGACAAGCCGAUAGAUGUUGUGAAUGCCACUAAUAUUGCUGAUGUUGAUUGUGAUCCAUCGGCAAUAAGACAGGCUACAGAACUCUCCGAUUUAAACGGGUCUGCUUUGGAACCAGAGGAUACGAUUAAGAAAUUUUUCGCUUUCAGUAUAUUUCUUAUUUCUCAUGUGUCGCAAAAAUUGGGUGAACUGUGGACUACAGCUCGAGAAAAAGUUUUUGGAGAAGAUUACUGGAUCCCAUCUGAUCCUUAUGAGGUCGUGCUUUUUCCUAACGAAUUAUUGUCUGCACAUAAAGUGGUCUUUACGAUCAAGGACUCUGGUUUACGGGUUGUUCAAGGGACAUUAAAAAAUAGACCGGCGUUCCCGCUUUAUCACUUAUUAUAUUCUAAUUCAUUCACUGAAGAUGGUUUGGUAGUAACUUUAACAAUGAGUAUGUUCCGUACUCAUGAUGUUCACGCUGCAAUGGACCUUUGCAACAAAUGUUGCGACUGUGUUACGCUGUUUAAGCUUCUAGAUAUGCGCAAGAAUAACAGAAGAAUAGUUCGAGAGCUUAUUACGGUUUUAAGAGAUCAUCCUUUAUGGUCCGUCGUACCCGUUGCGAUUGCAUCUAAUAGACUGGAUUUGUUUUUAGAUGAAGGCAUAUCUCUUAUUCAGUCUUUAAGCAACGGUUCACUGGAUGUAAUGCUUCAAGUUGUUGCUCAACCGGAAGGCAAAUACCCAUUGAUGCUUGCGAUUGAACUGAAUCGUUUGGAAAUAGCUAAGCGUCUUUUGGAGCUAGGAGCAGAUCCUGCUACAUCUGAUAUUCAUGGUAACAAUGCAAUGCAUUACGCUUCUAUGUCGUCGGUACAAAUGAUUGAGAUGCUGUGGGGAUUUGAAAAAACGCAUGCAUUAUUGAAUUCGACCAACCAAAAUGGAUAUACCCCUGUCCUGCUGGCAAUCAGCAAUGCCAAUCCUUUAAUAUUCUCUACCCUUGUUUCACUAGGAGCAGAAAUAAAUAUCCGUGUUGCCGGCAGAUCACCUCUUUUUGAAUUUAUGCGAAGCAAAGGGAAAUCUAUUGAGGUUUUGAAAACGUUAUUAAAAGCGUCGCCAAAUUUGCUUGCAGAAAGAGAUCCUGCUACUGGCAAUACUGUACUUCAUGCCGCGCAAUACAAAAGUUCUCUAUCAAGCUUGCUUUUCUUGUAUUCUAAUGAGCUUGAUUUAAACGCGAAGAAUAAUGCGGGGCAAGCUGCUUUACACCUUUACGCUAAUCGUGGUGACAUAGGCUUAGUUAUGACAUUAGCGUCUUACGGCUGCGACAUUAAUGUUGUGGAUCGUAGCGGCAACACUCCAUUACAUUUGGCGGUGUCACAUGGAGAUCUUAUGAUGACUCGACUUUUGUUAUGCCUCGGUGCUGAUGUACAGAUCAAAAACAAGCAAAAUGAUACUGUUAGGCAUCUAGCUGCCAAACUGCAAAGUGAAGAGCUUUUGAAGACACUCUCGAUUUGUGGGGCAGAACGUUGUGAAUUUGUAAGAAGUGGUUGUGUUUCUGGUUGUGCCAACACGCAGAAAAUUAACGAAAUGAAAGACGCGUCUUGGUACGCUGUUGAAGGCGCUUCGUCAUGCUUUGCUCCUGCUUCAUUUGAUACUGCUUCGCUUAAUGAUUACGAAAUUAACACGAAAAUUGAUUCAGGAGAUUUUGUCAAUGACUAUUUACGAGAAGUAACGGUUUGUCUUAACGAAGUUAUUCAAAAGCUGGAAGCUUUGGCUGCAGAUAAAAAGCCUUCAGAUUUUGUUAACUUAAUGUCUUUCGAUGGUGGGGGCAUUCGAGGAUUGGUUAUAGUACAGAUGCUUUUGGAAUUGGAGAAAGUUAUGGGGGAACCGUUUUUUCCUUAUUUUGAUAUGAUUGCUGGGACAUCGACUGGUGGUUUAGUUGCUGCUGGCCUCUCAAUGGGAAAGACUUUGAGAGAGUGCCAGCAUAUAUACCUUCGUUUGAAAGAUAUGGUUUUUGAAGGGUGGGCACGGCCUUACAACUCUAGUCUCAUCGAAGUCUUGAGCCAACAGUUGGCUGGCGAAGAAACCACUCUUGCCGACAUUCCUUGGCCGAAGAUGUUCUUUACUGCCGUGAGAGCUGACUGUUUCCCCGUAAAACUUGAAAAGAUGCGCAACUUUAGGCUUAACUUGUCUGAUGAGGAAAAUAAUAAACUUGGUUACACCGAACCCAGCGGCAAGUGUUAUAAUUUUUCUUCACUGGUUAUUGAAACACUUUUAUGGAAGGCUCUACGUAGAACAUCUGCUGCGCCAACAUACUUUAGUCCUGUUGACAACAAAUAUAUUGAUGGAGGCAUUAUUUCCAACAACCCUACGCUUGACUUGCUUGCUGAAUUGUCCUUUUUGAACAGCACUAGACACUUUACGACGAAAGGAAGGAAUGAAAAUUUGAGAGUUGGUUGUGUUUUGAGUGUUGGGACUGGAGCUACACCUGAAGUUGCUAUGGAGACUUCAAAUCUCGAGUUCUCAUUAAAUCCAUAUUCAUCUGCAAUUGCUAUCAAAAAUUUGGGUGUCAUUUUGGUUGACCAGGCGACAGCAACUGAAGGAGCUCCAGUGGAUCGUUCAAGAGCUUGGUGUAAUUCUAAAAGAAUUCCUUUUUUUCGUCUUUCUGCUCCGCUAUUUAAAGAUAUUCCUCUUGAUACUCGGGAUGAUGUAGAUGUUGCACGCAUGAUGUGGGACUGUGUUGAAUAUGGUUGGCGUAUAAGGCCUCAGAUGCAUUGUUUAUCAGGUCUUUUAAAAAAGCUGGGUCACGCUAGUGGAAGACGGCAUUUGUUUGAACUGUAUACGAAAUGA